AUCGUUCGUUGACGUCACCGCGUGUCCGUCCGCGCUCUCCGCGGCGGCGGCGGCGUCGUCGUCGUCGUCGUCCGCGGGCGGAGGGGAGCGCGCAAAACGCGCCGCGCGCGAGUCUGUGUGCGUAUACGUCGGCGUGUGUGUGCGUGCGCGCGUCCUGAAUGAAUGAACCCCCGGUCGCCUUGGGCCGGUCCUCCGGUCCGUUCAACAGGUCACCAUUGGUCAACCGGUGGCCGGGUGGAAAACCCACGGUCGCGCGGGUGGGGGGCCCGGCGGGCCGCCCUUACGUUUGCCGCCGCCGCUUCUGCUGCCGUUGCCGCCGCUCGGUCCACCAUCGAGACUUAAAUGUCCACCGGAGUCAGGUGGCUAUCUCAGUUGAUCGUUUUCGGUCGACGGUGGUCAUCCGCAUAAAUAAUAUAUAAUAUUAUAUUAUCAUCGUCGUCAUCGUCCCGUACGAUAACACUGUACGCGAGUUUUCACACUACUCAUUCGAUAUUAUUAUUAUUAUUUUAUUUUUUUUAAUUCGAAUCGUUCGCGUAUCGUAAUUUCGACAACAGACUUUUCAGUUCGUCCGAUAUAACACACACACACGCACAUUAACGUAUUAUUGUUUUCCGAUCGUUUUUUUUUUUUUUUUUAUAUUUAAUUAUUUUUGUUUAUCGACGUUUGCGUAUAUCGACACCGUUUACUCGCGGGCACAAUUUAACGACGACAGACGUCUCUCUCGGUACGCAGUGUGACAUAAUAAUAAUAUACGCAUAUAUCAUUAUUAUAUGAACCGUAAUCAGUUCGAUUGGACGUACUUGAUAUUCUCGACGGAAUACGUUUUUCAACCGUUUUUCGAUUUUGUUUCACACUUCGACUCGCCCUCCGACGGCCUUAUGGAGUCUUACGGAGGUGCCGGAUGCGUCGACUGUUACCGAGAACACUGCAGGCGUUUGCUGCCUUCGGUGCCGAUCGCGGCGACCGCGCCAGACCGCCGGACGCCAUCACUACAGAUGAACCACGGCCAAACCGCCCCUAGGAGAUUCGAUUUCGCCCGCCGUUCGUGUCGGCUUCUUAUCGCCGGUUCGUUCGUCAUCGGACUGAUCUUAGUGCCCUGCGCCAUGUCCGCGCCUACCAAAUCGUCAAAGUCUCCGUCACCAACGCCGCCACGCCCGAUCAUCGCGACCAGCACGCCGUUCUGGCACAACCCGUGCGGCACGCUUUUGACGUACGACGGUAGCGGGGGCGGCGCCACCGGUGGCAUGAUAAGCAGCGCCGUCGGCCACGACAUAAUGAUGAUGGAAUCGGAAUCGGAAUCGGAUUCGGCGAUGCGGCGCGAAGAGGACAUCAUCCACGGCAUCGUCGUGGCUGCCGGUCAGGCCCUGACGCACGCCGAACAGUUCACCGGUGCUUUCGUGGUCGAAACGUUUCACGUCGACGUCAAGAAAAACCACGAACACUGGAAAGGCAUCACGCUCGAUUGGCUAGAGAUGGCCAAGUACAUGCCCAAAGCGCUGGACGUGCCGCUCAGCAAGUCCUAUCUGGCCACUCUGACGUUCAGGGAUGUGCUGCACGCCGUGUACGUCGGCAUGCAAAACCUGGCCGUGGGCCUGGAACAAGUGGCAUGGGACCAAGACCGGGAAAUGCUUCCAUACGCCAAAUACUUCAAUGAGACCACUUUGAAACUGAGAACUAUCUUGUGCGAGGUGUCGAUGGCAAUUUACGACAUCAACGAAACGCCGGAACCGCACGUGUCCAGGGACAUCAUGCCGAUGGAGUCGAGGAUUUCACGUGACAACCAGUCGCUCAGGGACUGGCUUAUACUGCGCGAGUACAUGACCAGCCUCCAGUAUUUGAUCGAGGCUUUCGGAUACCUGAAGUCAAAGAGAUAAUAGACGCGUUCCGAUCGCCGCCGUUGCCACAGCCUCUGUCCGCAUAAUCCAUCAUCACCGCUGAUAUAUAUUAUUAUUAUUAACUAUUAUUGUGAUAAAUAUUCGUCGUCGCCACUCGUUUUAUUUUCCGCACACGUCACUUAUUAUUAUAACAUAUUAUAUUAUAUAUUAUUAUCAUUAUUAUUACUAUAAUACGACAUUUACAGACACGGACGCAGCGCGUUUACGUUUAGUUAAUUGCGUAGUAUGUAAUUAUAAUAUUUAAAUUGUGCUUAAAUGUUUAAUAUUAUCGAACGCAAAUCAUUCAUCCCUCUCUCUACCUCCAGACCCCUCGACUCAUCCACCGCCACCGAUCCCACCUCCACGCCAUCACCUCGUCCCAGUUGUUAUAGUAAGUGUAGGUAAUCAUUUUAAGUCAUUAUUUGUAUAAUGAUUUUGAUUUAUUCGAUUUGUUUUCAAACGACUCGCGCACUAGCGUACAAACGUAUUAUUAUAAUAUUACCUACCGCGUACGUAUAUUAUCAAUAUUAUUAUAAUGUAUACUAUCUAUUUAUACUAUCUAUAGUUAGAUAUAUAUUUUAUUAUUUUUUAGUGUUAGCAAUUUUUUAUUUACUGAAUUAUUUAUUUUAUUUAUUUGGUACCUACGCGUAUCCAGACUGUUAUUUACACGUUGUAUAAAUGUUUAUCGAAUUGUUUUUACGACGACCUAUAAUUGUAUCAAACAUGUGUCUAGUUUGUUAAAUUCAUUGUAGUUAUUAUUAUUAUUAUUAUUAUUAUUAUUAUUUUUAUCAUUAUCAUUAUCAUCAUUUUCAUUAUUAUCGUAGUGUUGAAUGCGCUACGCGAGAUCCGACGUUUUACCUCUUCAGCUGUUGUCCCUCAUGAAUUUGAGAUGUACGGAGAUGUUCUCGUAUUAAUAUAGUAUAUUAUGCCUACUGUUUGUUCGAAUUUUUUUUCGUAGGUAUGUUACUUGAUGUAUUCGUUUAAGUAUUGUCUGUGAUAUUUUAUUGCCUAUUUAGAUUAUUAUUAUUAUUAUUAUUAUUAUUAUUGAAAAGCAUGAAAGCUUAAAAGGAAAAAUCAGUAUUGUUAUGACAAAUAAAUCAUUAUUAAUAAAUAUACAUGUACGAUAUGUACUGUAAGAAAAAAAAACCUUGAUCCAU